AUGGCUGUACGAGUGUUAGAACAACUGGCAUAUGAUCACAAGGAGCAAUAUCCUACUGCAUCGAAAAUCCUUUUGGAGGACUUCUACGUAGACGAUGUAUUUACUGGAUCGAGCAACGAGAAUGAGCUAAUAGCUAUUAGGAAUGAGUUAUUAGAACUCAUGUCACACGCCAAAUUGAAACUCGACAAUUCCUCCUUCGCAUCCGUUAGCAAGAUCUGCGAAUACCAGAUCCAAGAGCGAGUCCCUGACGCCAACGCUACCAAAACCGCAGAGCAUCUCACGAACCCCAAUAGGAACCCGAUCCGUCACUCGGAAGACAGUUUCUGCAACCACGAUGGCUUUUGCGACGUCCGCCGUGACCACGUAAAGAAACUUUGGGAGACGAUUGAGAGCGAGUACGACAAAUGUUCCCAAGUUCUCCAGCAGGAAGCCUCCAGCAGUGGUGAGUGGCAGGCAAUAGAAGCCAAGUAUGACUACUGCUAUUCCGUUUAUGAACGCUGUGUAGCCCAGCUAACAGAGGUUAUCGAAAGAAUGUUAACUCUUACAACUCUUACAAGGGCAUCAAGUACUGCCCAACUGUCCAUCUCUAGCGGAUGCCGACUUCCGCCCUGUGACACUGAAGUUUUCAGGGGGAAUUACUUACGGUGGCCAACGUUCCGCGACCUUUUCACUGCUAUCUAUGUCAACAAUCCGAGGUUGACGCCGGUGGAAAAGUUAUUCCAUUUAAUUACCAAAACAGAGGGAGAAGCGAAGGCUAUAGUAGCAAAAUCUCCACUCACGCAUGACGGUUUUGAAUCGGCUUGGACCGCGCUUUGUGACCGUUUUGAAAACAAGCGUCUUCUUGUCAACAGCCAAUUAAAAAUCCUGUUCAAUCUUCCCGUAGUGGUUGUUGAGUCCGGUGCAGCUUUAAAGGAGCUGCAAAGUACCAUCCAAGGCUGUUUCACGGCGUUAGAACACUCCAAAAUUUCAAUCGAUAAUUGGGAUUGUCUUCUCGUAUUUCUCUGCUCCUCCAAGCUUCCGAAAUUGACCCUUUCUUUAUGGCAACAAUCCUUGUCCAAUAAGUGCGAGAUACCCGCAUGGCAUGAAAUGAACUCGUUUCUCAGCGAACGAUAUCGCACCCUGGAAGCCAUAGAGGAUGUUAAACCCAGCUCCAGCAUUAAGAUGGUUAACUCCCAACCGCCUUCAAAAAACACAGGCUCAAAAAGGAUCAACUCCUUUGAGACCAACGUGACGCAAGGACCCAAAAACUGUGACCUUUGCGCAAAAGAGAAUCACCCAGUGCGGGUAUGUCCUCGGUUUCUCCAAAUGCCCGUCAGUGAACGAUCCGCAUAUAUAAGGAGGAAGAAAUUGUGCUUAAACUGUUUCGCUGGGGGACACCAACUUAAAGAGUGUACCAGUAAGCACAAUUGUUUCACGUGUAAAGGGCGCCACAAUACGCUCCUGCACAGAGCUGACCUUCCUCAGUUGACUACAAUUCAAUCCAAUAAUAAUCCUACUACUUCAACUAUACAGUGA